AUGCCAGGUUACGAGCCUUCCGGAAUUGACCCCGGCUUAGUGGAGCACUACGCUGAGGAGAUGGGAAGGGGGGCACCAGCCGUUGCAAUUGCUCGCUCAAAGCGAGCCAUUGGGCAGGCAUGUCCGACGUUACUUGGGAAACCGAAGGCUGACAUAGACAAGAAUGCAACCAGGGAUGUCACAGCAAUGCUGGCCAAAUCAGGGAUGGCCAUGCGCGUCGUUUACACCACGGUGGAAGGUGACGCUAUUGAGCUCCCCAUUGUUUUGCCCAGUUCUUGGCUGAAAGUUCUGAUUGAGGACUAUCCUUACCUUCUGUCUGGCUAUCCUUCCAAUAGCCUUGGCAAUGAUUUGCACGACCAGCUUGAAGCAUUCUGGACAUGUUAUGCAUUUUAUCAGCCAGGCCAUGAGGCCUUCAAAAAAUCAAAGCAAGAGCUGAGACGAACUCUGCCUCUGGCAGUACAUGGUGAUGAGGGCCGAUAUUUGAAGAAAGGGAAUUUUAUGGUGUGUACAAUUGAGACAUUGAUCGGGAACGAUGCUGAGAAAAAAACAACAAAGGCACCUUGCAGGUGUCACUCUGACCCAGUGCUGUCUAGAUAUGCAGAUGUUGCCCAUGGACACCAAGGCGAUUCCUCUUUUGACCAUUUCGUUGAGCUGGCAUCAGGCCAACACGUCAAUGAUUCCGGAAACGAAUUCCUUUCAAAAUUUCUGCUCUUUGGAAUGUCGUCUUUGGUGUACAAAAAGGACAAAGGUUUGCUUACAAAAGCAUUUGAGAUGGUGAGCGAGGACCUGUCCAUGCUCCACAAUCGUGGGCUCCAAGCGUUGCUGAACUACAAGAAUGCGCGGUCUUUUGCAUGGUGCAAUGUGAAAGGAUCCGACAACACCUUGAUCACAUCCUGGUUACUUUUCUUCAUAAAGCUUUCCUCUCAAAAUGAUUCGCGGCAUGCCAGAUUGGAGCAGGAGGUGGGAAAGUUGUUGGCUGAUAACAGCGUGCGUGUGUCAGUGGUUGGUGUGGAUGUGCCUGAUGAAGCGAAGGAGUCCACCAUCAAGGCUGCUGCAAGCAGCGAAGCUAAGGAGCAGGUUGAAGAAAAGGAAAUGGUGGUAGAUCCUUGGUCAGUCAAGGGUAAGAUCGACUACGAGAAGCUGAUCCGAGAUUUUGGUUCCACCAAGAUCUCCAAAGAGCUCUUGGAACGGAUGCGCAAGCUGACCGUGGGUUCAGGUAGAGUAUCUGAUCUCCACUGCUGGUUACGUCGCAACAUUUUCUUCUCCCAUCGAGAACUGGAUGCGAUUUGCGGUCUGCAGGAGAAAGGUAAACCUUUCUACCUCUACACCGGGCGGGGUCCAAGUUCUGCGGCAAUGCACUUGGGUCACUUGCUGCCCUUCAUGUUCACACAGUUCCUCGUUGGAGCUUUGAGGUGGCUGCAAAAGGCCUUUAACGUGCCCUUGGUCAUUCAGAUGACCGAUGACGAAAAGUUCUUGUGGAAGGGGGAGUAUGACCCUGAAAAGGGCGACAACCUGCAUGUAUACCAACGAUACACCAUUGAGAACGCAAAAGAUAUCAUCGCCUGCGGCUUUGAUAAAAGCAAAACCUUCAUUUUCUCCGACUGUGACUAUGUGGGGCACAUGUAUCCGAACAUCGUUCGAGUUUGGAAGGCGAUCACCUACAACACCGCCAAAGGGGCCUUCGGCUUUCAGGGCGAGUCCAACAUCGGCCAGUCCGCAUUUCCUGCGAUCCAGGCCGUACCCUCAUUUCCUUCAUCUUUUAGCGUUCCAUUCAAGGGCGAUCAGCAUCUGCCGUGCUUGAUUCCUUGCGCCAUUGAUCAGGAUCCCUACUUUCGGGUGACCAGGGAUAUCGCGCACAAGCUGGUUCCGAAGGAUCAUCCUUUGAAAGGAAAGCCAUCCUUGAUCCACUGUAAGUUCUUUCCUCCCUUGACGGGGGCUGAAGGGAAGAUGGCAGCAUCUGAUGAAAAUUCAGCCAUUUUCCUCACCGACACCCCCGAGGAUAUCGAAAAAAAGAUCAACAACUACGCCUUUUCAGAUGUUGGGAGCAGGUUGGACCAGCUGGUGAGUUUUGGAUGGGGAUGUGGUUCAACAUCCAUGAGUCGUGGCGCCUAUGUCUUCCGCAUGAUUCUGGAGUACAAAGAGGCCAAGUACGUCGACAAGCAGUACGCCAACGGUGAGGAAUGGUUCAAGGAUCGAAAGCCAGCCAUUUUGGCCCUGAACCCUUUGGCAAACCUGCCAUACCUCGUGGAUGGCGACACGUGCGUUUGCCAGACGAAUGCCAUCAUGAGCUAUUUGGGCGACAAGUUUGACAUGAACGGCACCACCGAAGCGCAAAAGAUUCGAACACAGGAGUUGUUGUGUGAGAUCUAUGACGUGCGAAACAGCAUGAUCGAUUUGGUCUACCCUUUCAAGAAUGUGACGCGAACCAAAGAGGAGUUCGACACCAACGCCAAAGCAAAAGUUGGCAAACCACCCUUUGCGAAGUUUGAAAAUCUACUAGCUUUCAAGGACAACCUCAGUGGUGGCAAGUGGUUUGUCCUACAAGAUGGCCCUGGUGUGGCUGACUUCCACAUUUGGGAGAUGUUAGACCAACACAAGAUGCUGUCCGAGCGUAUAGGCGGACCAGACAUCUUCGCCGAGUUCCCCAAGUGCAAGGCCUUCUAUGAUGCCUUCAAGGCCUUGCCAACGCUGAAGAACUACUUUGCCAGCGAGGAACAACAAGAUUGCGAAUACCUACUUUGCUUGAGCUGUCGCUAUAUGCUGUCGCAAUUUGCUAUCGUUGCAUCGCCGACGCCACGAGGGCCGGCGACUUAUUCUUGCGGCCGGCAGACGGCCAAAGAGCAGAGGGAAAAGGGAGCAGAUUUGGAUGCUGAUGUCUCAUACCAGUGGUUGCGAUUCUUCUUGGACGAUGAUGUGGAACUCAAAAAGAUUGAGGAACAGUAUGGAAGUGGCCAGGGCGAGGACUACUGGAGCACUGGACAGGUCAAGAAGAAGCUGAUCGAAGUACUAAAGGAUCUCGUGAAAAGACACCAGGAGAUCCGGGCGAAGAUCACCGAUGAGGAGGUCCAGGAGUGGAUGAAGCACUCUGAACAGCUGCAUCGGUUUGUACAGUGCCACAUGUGCCACGUGUGGUGGGGCGCGCUUUGGUGCGUACAGCUUUUUGCCAUGCUCAUGGGCUGCUCAUGGCUGCUGACAACCCUGCAGUAUUGGACUGCAGCCACCAGCACGCAAAGCCAAGAACACAAUGUCCUGCUUAUGCUUCGAAGUGGUCAUGGCGGUUGGCAAGGUAAGCCCCAGGGCCUCGCAAGGCUUUGCACGAAGGGAAUGAUUGGAUGUUUCUUAAGCCACCGAAGGAUUUGGCAGAAGAUGGUGAGUGAGAAAUUGCCAGCCGUGGUGGUACUGGAGGACGACGUGCGUUUAGUGGAGGACUUCAGCGACAAGCUCUUAAAACUCAUGGACGAGCUCCCUGCGGAUUGGGAGGUGUGUCUACUUGGGGCCAUUGGGAAUAUCAAUCCUGAUGUGGAGCCCUUCCACAUGAAGCUGUAUUCCUUUUGCGUUGGGGGAGGGCGACCAUCCCCGGGAAAGACGCGGCGAGUGUCGGACAAUGUCUUUGUGCCGCAUCGACCUGCAGGUACCCAUGCCUACUUGGUGUCCCUGAAAGGCGCCGAACGCUUGGUGAAGGAGCUUCCUCUGGCGUGUUACCAUGUGGACCUGACCGCCUGGUCUUUGCCCAACCUGAAGCUGUACGCAGCGGUGAAUCAGAUCGCCACACAGGACUUCGAGGCGGCCUCCACAGCCUCAGGGUAUUUUGAUGGUGUCCUGGAGGUUUCCUUUGGUGCGUCGCUGUGUUUCCUGCAGCCUGGGAGGAUUGGAACGCGGAAGGCUGGAGAUACCUUAGGCACGGUCUAUAUUGUGACAAGUUCCACGUUGAUUUCUUUCAACAAAUACCUGAUGCAGCCCGGGAGGUUCUCUCACGCUGUCCACCUCACCGCCUUCCAUAUGGUGGUCACGCUGGUCCUUUCGUUGGCUUUCUACAAGGUAGCGCCACAGUUUUAUCCAUCCAUGGCUAUGGCUAAGGCGAAUAUUUGCCAAGUGGCGAAAUGGAUCGCUCCGUUGGGCUUUCUCUUCGCUCUAGCAUUGUAUUGCUCGAACCAGGCGUACAAAUAUUCCAGUGUGGCCUUCCUGCAGUUCUGCAAGCAGGGCAAUGUGGCCUUGAUGUUCUUCAUGUCCUGCGCAGUAGGAAGCCAGAGCUUCAGUUGGCAGAAACUCGCUGUCUUGACCGUUGUCAUUGCGGGUUGUACCACGUGUGCUCAUGGAGAAAUCCACUUUGUGAUGAUUGGUCUAGUGCUGCAGUUGGCAUCGCAGCUCACGGAGUGCAGCAAGAACCUCAUCGGAGAGGCAGUCAUGGGGAGUGCUGGCUUAAAACUCGAUGUCUUGACCUUUGUGCUCUUCCAGGCGCCCUUCUCUUUGCUCUUCCUCUCGGUGGGCGUGUGCUUCUCCUGGACUCCAGAGGUGGUCACAGACUUCAGGAAACAUUGGCAUUGGCUCAUGGUGAACGCAUGCAUCGCAUUCCUUCUGAACGUGCUGAUAGCUGUGACCUUGAAGAAACUCUCCGCCUUAGCCUUUGUGAUCAUUGGCGUCGUCAAGGACAUGGUGAUCGUCUCCUCUUCAUCCCUAGUCUUUGGGGACCCCAUCAGUCAGGCGCAGCAGGUGGGCUUCGCAGUGACCAUCACUGGAGUCUUACUCUGGAGCCGCCUGAAGCUUCAAGAACAGGCCGCACGACGAGAUCCAGAGCGCCUACCUUUGGCGAAACAGGAUGUGAAGGUCAAGUAGACGCAACGUACUUUCAAAGUCCGUCCUUCGCAACGCGCAACGGCUGCCGGGCUGGCCUCAUGAGGACACCCCACAUGCAGCGAUGAC